AUGGAGGCACGUCCAAUUCUCCAAGCUCUGCAGCGUUUCCCUCGGCGGAAAAAAAUCGAACCAAAGAUGGAGGGCCUAGAUGAAAAGCAGAAAAAAAUUGCUGCUGGAGCGAGAAGGAACAAAGAUCCUAGACCACCGCAGCAACAGAAAGGUGUAAAGGCGAAUAGAGGUGCCUUCAAACAACCCAGCAGGAAGUACCAACCAGAGUCAUGGAACCUAAAGGUCAGUCAUCUAGGGACGACUGUAGGAGGAUGGCGCAAUGGAAGUGGUAGGAAGGAUGAGCAAUCGUUCGGAAAUCAGCUACACGAGCAGGAUUACCCGACCAUGGGUGAUAUAGUGAGCGAUUGGGACAGCAAAGAGGAUGCAAGGAAAAAAGACAGUGUGGAAGAAGAAGAAAAUAGGUUUGGAGAAGAAAAAAGCGCAAUCGAUUCAGGAGAAGAUAAGGAUACGGGGAAGGAGGAGAAGGCAUCAGAAGUCAAGAAAGGAGGAGUGAAACUAGUUGAGAAAAAUGGGCUGGAUAAGCGGCAGGUAAAUGUUGCAAGUUCGGAAGAAAGAAGGAAAUUGGACAUGACUAAAACUAAAGUUCCUGAAUCGGUGAGGAGAGACUUCGGAAUCUUCGAAAAGAGACCGAAGAAAAAAGAAGAUGAUGUGGAGAAGAAAAAUGUCGAAGAGAGAAAAAUAGAGCGAGAGCAUGCAGAAAAAAAGUCUUCUGAUAAUAAAAAGGAAGAAGGACUCAAAUUCUGUGAGAACAAGAAGAAAGAGAGUCGUGAGAAUGUAAAAGAAGAGGUUGCAAGGAAAAAGCUCGAAGAGGGGGACAAAAAAUCGUCAGACCCCCAACAGCAGAAGAAAGAAAGUGGCGAAAUAAUCAAAAAGAAAGGCACUCCAGAGGCGAAGAAAAAGUCAUGUGAGAAGACUCCAACUAAGAAAAUGUCAAUCAGCGAUCUUUUGAAAGAAGCAGGCCAGAAAUCGAGUGCCCAGUCUUUAGCGAAGAAAAUUCUCGAAAGUGACGUGAAAAAGGGCGCGAGCAGCGACCAGAGGAGAAGUCCUUCAGGAAUAAAGAAAUCCCCAGCAGAAGGAAAAAAGUCGGCGGAAGCACCCCGAAGUGGACUAAAAAGCAAGACGACUCAGACAUCUGGUAUAGGGAGAAAAGAUAGGGAGACUGGAAAAGAGAUUGGGAAGAGUGGAAGCAAAGAGGUUAAAAAGGCAAGCAAGGAGGACAGAAAUAAGAAGGAGUCCGCAGAGAAGGAACCCAAAGUAUCAGAAGAUAAGGUAAAGAAGGAAGCGAAACUAGAAAAUAAGGGAAGAAUCAAUAAAGCUGCUUUCGAUGGCAAAAAUAAAGCAAAGAAAGGCGAACGAGUGAAGGGAUGUAAAGAUCAUAGUGAACUGAAACGGAAGAAGGAUUAUUUUCUAUUUCCCUCUGAGACGAUGGAAGGGCCCAUAAUGUUCUCCCUACUUCGACGUGGACAAUUGGAACUGUCAGUCUAUGCUACUGCCAACCUGUACAUGUGUACGCAGCUUAUACAGGAGCGGUCUCAUGGAGACUUUGAAGGGGAAGUGCCACAAGUUUCUGAAAAAACAGUGGACAGUUGCCCGUGGUUCAAC